AUGGCUUUCCAUGUAGAAGGACUGGUGGCUAUCAUCCUGUUCUACCUCCUUAUAUUUCUGGUUGGAAUAUGGGCUGCCUGGAAAACCAAAAACAGCGGCAAUGCAGAAGAGCGCAGCGAAGCCAUCAUCGUCGGGGGUCGAGACAUUGGUUUGUUGGUUGGUGGCUUUACCAUGACAGCCACCUGGGUUGGAGGAGGUUACAUCAAUGGGACAGCUGAAGCAGUUUAUGGACCAGGCUGUGGUCUAGCAUGGGCUCAGGCACCCAUUGGAUAUUCUCUGAGUCUGAUUUUAGGCGGUCUGUUCUUUGCAAAACCUAUGCGUUCCAAGGGAUAUGUGACCAUGUUAGACCCAUUUCAGCAGAUCUACGGAAAGCGCAUGGGUGGGCUGCUGUUCAUCCCUGCACUGAUGGGAGAGAUGUUCUGGGCUGCAGCAAUUUUCUCUGCAUUAGGAGCCACCAUCAGCGUGAUCAUUGAUGUGGAUGUGAACGCAUCGGUCAUAGUCUCUGCACUCAUUGCCAUUCUUUACACCCUGGUGGGCGGGCUCUACUCUGUGGCGUAUACUGAUGUUGUGCAACUCUUCUGCAUCUUUAUAGGACUGUGGAUCAGUGUGCCCUUCGCCCUGUCACAUCCUGCAGUCACCGACAUUGGAUUCACUGCUGUACACACCAAAUACCAGAGUCCCUGGCUGGGAACCAUUGAACCAAUUGAAGUCUACACCUGGCUUGAUAAUUUUCUGUUGUUGAUGCUGGGUGGAAUCCCGUGGCAAGCCUACUUCCAGAGGGUUCUCUCUUCAUCCUCAGCCACCUACGCCCAGGUGCUGUCCUUCCUUGCAGCGUUUGGGUGCCUGGUGAUGGCUCUACCUGCCAUAUGCAUAGGAGCCAUUGGAGCCUCCACAGACUGGAACCAGACUGCAUAUGGGUUUCCAGAUCCCAAGACCAAGGAGGAAGGAGACAUGAUUCUCCCGAUCGUGCUGCAGUACCUCUGCCCUGUGUACAUUUCCUUCUUUGGGCUUGGGGCUGUUUCUGCCGCUGUGAUGUCCUCAGCCGACUCUUCCAUCCUGUCUGCGAGUUCCAUGUUUGCUCGCAAUAUCUACCAGCUUUCCUUCAGACAAAAUGCAUCAGACAAAGAAAUUGUGUGGGUCAUGAGGAUCACGGUGUUUGUGUUUGGAGCAUCUGCAACAGCCAUGGCCUUGCUGACGAAGACGGUGUAUGGGCUCUGGUACCUGAGCUCUGACCUCGUCUACAUCAUCAUCUUCCCACAGCUGCUCUGUGUCCUCUUCAUCAAAGGAACCAACACUUACGGGGCUGUUGCAGGUUACAUUUUUGGACUUUUCCUGAGAAUCACUGGAGGGGAGCCAUAUCUGUACUUGCAGCCCCUAAUCUUCUACCCUGGUUAUUACUCUGACAAGAAUGGUAUAUACAAUCAGAGAUUCCCCUUUAAAACGCUCUCCAUGGUUACCUCAUUCUUGACCAACAUUUGCGUUUCUUAUCUAGCCAAAUACCUAUUUGAAAGUGGAACCUUGCCUCCGAAACUAGAUGUAUUCGAUGCCGUCGUCUCGAGGCACAGUGAAGAGAACAUGGACAAGACUAUUCUAGUCAGAAAUGAGAACAUCAAAUUAAAUGAACUUGCGCCUGUGAAGCCUCGACAGAGUCUAACUCUCAGCUCAACUUUCACCAAUAAAGAGGCCCUCCUUGAUGUUGAUUCUAGUCCAGAGGGCUCUGGAACGGAAGAUAACUUACAAUGA